AUGAAACUCUUCAACGCCUUCGCUACAGCGCUCGGUCUAGCUGGUCUAGCCCAAGCUCACAUGGAGAUGACAUAUCCUCCCCCCUUCAAGAGCAAAUACAACCCUAACGCCGGACAAGACAUCGACUACAGCAUGACUUCACCUCUCAACGGCGACGGAAGCAAUUUUCCUUGCAAGGGAUAUAACUCUCUUUUCGGCACUCCUGCCGGUGCACCUACCGCUACGUGGCAAGCUGGAAAGUCGUACAGUAUCAGCAUCGCUGGCGGUGCAGACCACGGAGGCGGUAGUUGUCAGGCCUCACUAUCUUUUGAUCGCGGCAAGACUUGGGUGGUUAUCCAAUCGUGGAUUGGAAAUUGCCCCAAGGCGCCGACUUCGAACUUUCAGUUUACUCUUCCUGUUGAUACACCAGCUGGAGAAGCUCUUUUUGCUUGGACUUGGUUUAACAAGAUCGGAAAUCGCGAGAUGUAUAUGAACUGCGCGGCUAUUACGGUCAAGGCUGGAAGUGGAACACCAAAGACACCGCUCAAGAAACGACCUGCUAUGUUUGUCGCCAAUGUUGGAAAUGGAUGCGGAACGAAGGAGAUGAUCGAUCUCAUGUUUCCUAACCCUGGACCUGAUGUAUCCCUCACCUCGACAAACACUGGACCGCCGGUCGGUCAGUGCCCUGCUGGUCCAGGAGUACAGUAUCCUACUUCUGCUGCUUCUCCGACAAAGACAACUACUACGAAGAAACCGACUACUACCAAGGCCCCUGUGAAGUCCACAACGCCUGGCGGAGUUUUCAUCACUGUUCCUUCAACUACCAAGAAGACAACCCUCAAGUCGACAACUCGCAAGACAACAAGCACCACGACACCGGUCAAGCCUGCACCGACCAAACCCGCCGCUGGCGUCAUCACUCCUGGUAAAGCUUGUAAGCCCGAGGGUUACUGGAACUGCAUCAAGACAGGAACUGCUUUCCAGCGCUGUGCUUCGGGUACGUGCCUGAAGUGCGUGUUGCGAUGGAUGGCUGACAUGAGUAGAUAUCCGAUUCCCAAUGAUGAUGCAGAGCAGAACCGAGACGAUAUGAAACACGCCAUGAUGCUGGAGCUCACCAAUGGAAAUCUGUUCUUCUCACCCAUCGUCGACAAUCCCCAAAAGAUCAUCGAUCUCGCAACCGGCACUGGUAUCUGGGCCAUCGAUGUCGCCGACAAAUACCCCAGCGCAUCUGUGGUAGGAGUUGAUCUCAGCCCAAUCCAACCAUCAUGGGUCCCUCCAAACCUCAAGUUUCUCGUCGACGACAUCGAAGACGAAUGGAUGCACGGCGGCGACUUUGACUUUGUGCAUAUGCGCUGCAUCAGUCCCUGGUUGAAGGACCAAGUCAAGGUCCUGCGUCAAGCUCACGAUCACAUGAAGCCUGGAGCUUGGAUCGAAAUCCAAGAACUCGAUGCCCGCGCCAACUGCGACGAUGGCUCCCUAGCCCCAGACGCCCCUCUGGCUAAAUUCUUCGACACCGCCGAGGAAGCCGUAGCCAGCUUCGGCAUGAAGUUUCGCGCGGGCGAGAACUUGCGUGAACCUCUUGAGAAAGCUGGCUUCACCAACGUAUCCCGUAAAGUCCUCAAAGUCCCCAUCGGAACAUGGGCAAAGGACAAGAAACUUCGGCUCAUCGGAUUGUACCUCAAGACUGCUGUCAACGACAUGUUCGGAGCCAUGGCUGCUAAGCCACUGCGCAAGAUUCUGGAGCCCGAAGAGAUCGAGGUCUUCUUGGCUGAUGCGAGGAAGGAUCUGAAUAAUGUGAAUAUUCAUUCUUAUGAGAAGUAUUACUUCUGGAUGGGACAGAAGGCUCAAGAGUAG